AUGGGGCACAAAGUCGUACAAAGUCUGGCAGGCCUAGCUUUGGCAGUCUUGCCAUUGUGUGUGAAGGCCCAGAACCCUGGCAACUUCACCCCCGAGGUCCACCCGCAGCUGUCCACGUGGAAGUGUACGACAAGCGGCGGCUGCGAACAACAAAACACCUCGGUGGUCCUCGAUUGGAACUACCGCUGGAUCCAUACCGCCGACGGUAGCACCUCCUGCACGGCGGCGGGUGGGGUGGUCCCUUCGCUGUGUCCCGAUGAAGCAACCUGCGCCGAGAAUUGUUUCAUCGAAGGUGCCGACUACGAGUCCAGCGGCAUCACGACGUCGAAGGAUGCCUUGACCCUGAAGCAAUUCAUGCAAAACAACGGAACGACCUCGAGCGUCUCUCCUCGCGUCUACCUUCUCGAUUCGGACGGCGACUACGCCAUGCUCCAGCUCCUUGGUCAGGAGCUGAGCUUCGAAGUCGAUCUGUCUACACUCCCCUGCGGCGAGAACGGUGCCCUGUAUCUUUCCGAGAUGGACCGGACAGGCGGAAGGAACGCCGACAACACCGGCGGAGCCAAGUAUGGCUCGGGAUACUGCGAUGCCCAGUGUCCAGUUCAGACCUGGACAAACGGCACACUGAACACGGACCGUUCCGGCUAUUGCUGCGACGAGAUGGAUAUUCUUGAGGCCAACUCCGCUGCCAACGCUUUCACUCCCCAUCCUUGUGCCAACGGCGAUUGCGACAAGAGCGGAUGCGGAUUCAACCCCUACGCCCGGGGAUACAAGGACUAUUAUGGACCCGGUCUCAAGGUCGACACGUCAAAACCGUUCUCUGUGGUUACUCAGUUCAUCACCGACGACGGCACGACGACGGGCAGUCUCAGCAAGAUUACACGGUCUUAUAUCCAAGACGGGAAGACCAUCACCAGCGCGUCUACAAACGGCACCGACACCAUCACGGCAUCCGGCUGCACAUCGGCCGCGCCGUACGGGGGGCUGGACGAAAUGGGCAAGGCCCUCGGACGGGGAAUGGUCCUGGUGUUCAGCAUCUGGAACGACGGCGGCCAGUUCAUGCAAUGGUUGGACAGUGGCACCAAUGGGCCUUGCAACACCACCGAGGGCAACCCCACCAAUAUCCAGGCCAACCAUCCUGACGCCAACGUGGUGUUCUCCAACAUCCGAUGGGGUGACAUUGGGUCAACUACUGGCGCCUCGUCUUAAGGCGAUCCCAUCGCUGGACCUCGACGCAUUAGGGUCGGUACAAUGAAAGGGACUGAUGUGAAACCGA